AUGGCGCUCCGCGAAUACAAGGCAAUCGUCAAUUAUGAGACGCAUCAAACUUUGAAAGAUGCGUUUGAGGUCUUCCUCAAGGAUUUCAAGACCACCCCCGAGCACACAAUCACCACAGCCAUGGGAAACAUCACCAUUGAUGAGGACGACUUGAGCGACGAAUACGAUUUCAUGGAUGACGACGACGAGUCAGGCGAGCGCCGCCGCCGCGACAGGGAACACAGGCGCGCUCCUCACUACAAAUACCAGGAGAUUAUGCAGAAGUUGGCCAACCGUACGCAAGAAGAGAUUGUUAUUGAUCUUGAUGACUUGGCUGCAUGGGAAAAUGAAACUGGAGAGGGACUGAAGCUCGUCGACUCCAUCGAGCUAAACACAAAGCAUUAUGUCGACAUAAUGUCUCAAGCUGUGGAUAAAGUCAUGCCUCUGCCUAGUUCGGAUGUCAACUUCAAAGACGAUGUCCUCGACGUGUUGAUGGCGCGCCGCCAAGCGCGAAACCGCGAGCUUGAGGAGGCUGCCGAGCGUGAUCCCACCCUCGAAGAGGACAAGUUCCCUGCCGAACUGACUCGCCGAUACACGCUGGUCUUCAAGCCUCGUGUCAACGGCCCCGACGUUGCCUCCAAGGCCCUCGCCGUGCGCCACGUCCGUGGUGAUAAUCUGGGCCAUCUCAUCACCAUUCGCGCCAUUGUCACCAGAGUCUCCGAUGUCAAGCCCAUUGUGCAAGUCAGCGCAUACACUUGCGACCGAUGCGGUUGCGAAAUUUUCCAGCCCGUCACGGACAGGCAGUACGGUCCUCUAAUGAUGUGCCCGUCGGCCGACUGCAAGAACAACCAGUCCAAGGGACAGCUUAACCCUUCGACGCGUGCUUCUAAAUUUCUCCCUUUCCAGGAAGUCAAGGUCCAGGAAAUGGCCGAGCAAGUCCCCAUCGGUCAAAUCCCUCGGUCUCUCACUGUUCACUGCUACGGCAGCCUCGUGCGUCGCGUGAACCCUGGUGAUGUCGUCGAUAUCUCUGGCAUUUUCCUCCCCACGCCCUAUACCGGCUUCAAGGCUAUGAAGGCCGGUCUUCUGACCGAUACAUACCUGGAGGCUCACCACAUUCGCCAGCACAAGAAAGCCUAUAGCGAGAUGAUUGUGGACCCUUCGUUGGUGCGGCGCAUUGACAAGUACAGACAGACUGGUCAAGUAUAUGAGCUCCUUGCCAAGUCUAUUGCGCCCGAAAUCUACGGCCAUCUUGAUGUUAAAAAGGCGCUUCUUCUUCUACUCAUCGGUGGCGUAGGUAAGGAGAUGGGUGACGGUAUGAAGAUCAGGGGAGACCUCAACAUUUGCAUGAUGGGUGACCCUGGUGUGGCCAAGUCCCAGCUCCUAAAGUAUAUCUCCAAGGUUGCCCCUCGUGGUGUCUACACUUCCGGCCGCGGUAGCAGUGGUGUCGGUCUCACGGCCGCUGUCAUGAGAGACCCAGUCACCGAUGAAAUGGUUUUGGAGGGCGGUGCUCUUGUUCUUGCGGACAAUGGCAUCUGCUGCAUCGAUGAAUUCGACAAGAUGGACGAGAAUGACCGUACCGCCAUCCACGAAGUCAUGGAACAGCAGACCAUUUCUAUUUCCAAGGCUGGCAUCUCUACCACCCUCAACGCCCGCACCUCCAUCCUCGCGGCGGCUAACCCCAUCUACGGCCGCUACAACCCGCGCAUCUCUCCGGUCGAGAACAUCAACCUCCCCGCCGCGCUUCUGUCGCGUUUCGACAUCAUCUUCCUGCUGCUAGACGUUCCCAACCGCGAGUCGGACGAGCAGCUCGCCAAGCACGUUGCCUUUGUGCACAUGAACAACCGCCACCCCGACAUUGGUACCGACAACGUCGUCUUUUCUCCGCACGAGGUCCGUUCGUACGUUGCCCAGGCGCGCACCUACCGGCCCGUCGUGCCCGAGUCCGUGACCGAGUACAUGAUUCGAACCUACGUCCGCAUGCGCGAUCAGCAGCAGCGCGCCGAGAAGAAGGGCAAGCAGUUCACUCACACCACGCCGCGUACACUGCUCGGCGUCGUGCGCCUCGCGCAGGCCCUGGCCCGUCUCCGCUUCAGCGAGGUAGUCACCCAGGACGACGUCGACGAGGCCCUGCGCCUGAUCGAGGCCUCCAAGGACAGCCUCAACUUUGACUACGGCAACGGCCGUCGCGGCCUCAACGCCAGCAGCCGCAUUUACAACCUCGUCAAAGCGCUCGCCGACUCGGGCGCGUGCCGCGCAGACGACGCUGAGGAUGAUGAGCUGGGCGUUGAGCUGAGCAUGAGAAAAGUCAAGGAGCGCGUCAUUGCAAAGGGCUUCACCGAGGACCAAUGGAUGAAUGCGCUGGAAGAGUACACCACGCUGGACGUUUGGCAAACAACUGGUAGCGGCACGAGGCUUGUCUUUGUCACUGCCGCGGGUGAUGACGGCAACGAUGACAUGGAUGACCUAUAA